GUCAGAACAACAAAUCGCAAUACCAGAGCGCAGAGCCGAGUUCUUUUCCUUCCAUUAUCUCUUUGACAAACUUGGCUUCCACUUAUAACCCUCAGCCCAUAGGUCUUAUGAGCAUGCCUCCGCCUCCCAAGAAUAAACAGGGCCAGUCAGGUCGGAGACGGCAUCCUUACAGGACAAAGAAGCCCGCGAACGACGCAAAUUCCACGACCCCUGCCCAGCAACCCAAGCUAUCGAAUGACAACAACGAUGCGGUGUCCCAGCCGGAAGUUAUCGAUGUAAAAGGACUUUAUGGAAAUUCUGCUAGCGGUGGUGAAGCUCGGCCGUUCUCAAGCUUGGGCAGGACAUUGGAUCAGUCAUUGCUGAAUGGCUUGAAUAGAAUGGGAUUUGAAUAUAUGUCCCCUGUUCAACAAAAGGUACUCACGGAGCUUCCUUCGCUAUCGUCCGACUGUCUCGUGCAGGCAAAGACCGGCACGGGCAAAACGGCCGCCUUCCUACUCCCAGCCAUCCAAAACCUACUGAACGGGAACCAACCCAGGAGGGGGAAAGUCGGUAUCCUUGCUAUAUGCCCUACCCGAGAGCUAGCCCUCCAGAUAGCGAAAGAGUGCGAGGGUAUUACCGCAUGCAUGAACAAGAGGAUAGAGUGCCAUACCGCCUUCGGGGGAACAUCGAGAGCCAGCGCCCUUUCGAAGUUUUUGAGAGGAGAUCCCACUGUGCUCGUUGCAACGCCAGGUAGAUUAGACGACAUUCUUGGCGAAGAAGAGGUUCGCGAGCGUUUUGAUGAGCUCAAGACUGUCGUUCUCGAUGAAGCCGACCGCAUGCUUGAUCAAGGCUUCGCUCCGGCCAUAUAUAAGAUCCUUAAGCAUCUUCCACCGAAACAAAUGGCAGGAUGGCAGGGCAUGUGCUUCUCUGCAACGCUGCCUGAGAAGGUCAAUGACGUGGUUAAAUGUGUGCUCUUCCCAGGCUAUACAUACCUCUCCACAGUCGAUCCCAACGAAGCGCCAACAGUCGAUCGGGUUCCGCAGUACUCCAUUCUUGUGCCUACCGCUAAGGAAACAUUCACGGCGCUCUAUGCACUUUUGGAAGCCGAGUAUAACCAGUCUCCCUCCGACUUCAAAGUCAUCGUUUUCGGUACCACAGCUAAUGGAGUGGGUCUGCUGUAUGAUCUAUUCAAAGCCGCGCUGCCUCAAUUCAAGCUCUAUGAACUCCAUAGCCGCAUGAGCCAAGGCUACCGCACGCGCACAUCGAACGAGUUCAAAGAGGCCGCGAGCGGGAUUCUAUUCGCAUCGGAUGUAGUCGGCAGAGGAAUGGAUUUCCCCAACGUCGGCCUCGUCAUCCAAGUCGAUCUUCCCUCCUCCCAAGAACAGUACAUUCAUCGGGUGGGCCGAACCGCGCGAGCCGGUCGCGACGGGCGUGCAGUUACCAUCUUAUUCGAUAACGAGGCUUUCUUCAUCAAGACGAACCCUUCCCUGCCAAUCAAGCCGUAUCCUACCGCACUCAACACCACACAGUAUCAGGGCAAGCUUGACGCAGCCUUCGCGCAAAUCGACGAGGAGGCUAAGGCGAAAGCUUAUCAGGCCUUCUUGGGUUACAACAAGACGUAUAUGAAGAAAUUGCGCCUGGAUGCAAAGGGUCUGGUACAGAUCGCCAACGAAUACGCAUUUGCCAUGGGUUGUCCCGAGCCGCCGAUGAUCGAAAGGAAGGUUGUUGGAAAGAUGGGAUUGAAAGGUGUUCCCGGACUCAACAUCGGCACGAGGAAGUAGAGCAUCCGAUUGUUGAUUGAGCUGGACAGGUGGUGAAAAUGGGCGUUCGAAGUAACGCGGAGUUAGCAACCAUUACCAGAGAACCAGGAUACCCCAUACAUAAAACAUAGACAUAGAUGAAAGCUUCUC